AUGGAGGAUAUGGUGGGGUUUGGAUUCCGUCCGACGGACGUUGAGCUCGUCGGCUACUAUCUCCGCAACAAAAUUCAUGGCGAAAAUGAGCUCGUCGAAGGAGCCAUUAACGAGGUCAACAUCUGUAGCUUUGAUCCUUCGGACUUGCCCUCCCAGUCGAAGAUCAAAUCGAGAGAUCGUAUGUGGUAUUUCUUCUCUCGUAGGGAGAACAAGUACGCGAGUGGGAAUCGACAGAGCCGGAGAACGGCUUCUGGGUCUGGGUUCUGGAAAAUUACCGGAGAUCAUGUCGACGUCAAAGAUCAGUGGGGAACUUGGUGUGGAAGUCGAGGCACUGUUAUUGGUCAGAAAAGGGUUUUGGGUUUCCACAGGGGAAAGAGCUCAAGCUCAAGCUCCAAGGGCACCAAAUCUGAUUGGGUUAUUCACGAGUAUCACUACACUCUCUUGCCCGAAAAUCAGAGGACAUAUGUCAUCUGCAGGCUGGAAUAUAAAGGUGACAACCUGAACGUUAUAUCUGCUAAGGCAACAGAUCCUACUCCCACUUUUGCCGCCAAUAUGACUACUAGUGCUGGUUCUGUGGUCGACCAAUCACUUCAAGGAUCUUACAACACUUUCUCUGAGUACGAAUCAGCAAAUCAUGGCCAGUGGUUUGCCGGCGACUUGAACACGCAUCAAUCAGGAUUUUUAAACAAUCUCUAUGAGUAUGAUUCAGCAGAUCAGUGGUUUGCUAGCGACUUUAACGCGCAGCAACAAGCUCCUUACUUUCCCCCAUAUGGAGAGGAGUCGCAGAUGAUUUGGGACUAUGAGAUUAGACAAAACUUUGAGUCUUUGGUAGAUGAAAGGACACAUAUGCAAGAGAAUCGCAGUGAGCACCGCCCAAAAGAUCCUGUGUCAGGGGUUUUCGCCGAUGAUAGCAGUGAUGACGACACUGACUCAAUGAUUUGCGGAGACACUUCGAGCUCGACUGAUAGUGUUGCUAGCUCAAACGGACCGUACCAUACUCCAUCGAGUACUAUUGAGCCGUUGCAGGAUUACGUUGCACAAGAGCAGCCAAAGCAGCUGAAGUUGCAGUUGCAGGGCGAUGAAAAGGUGAUGAAUGCGCAGAGAAGCGAAUGUGAGUGGAAAAUGGCUGAAUACUCAGUCAAGAAAGCAACAUCAACCACCGUGGUGAAGCAGAGAUGGAUUGUUUUAGAGGAGAUGAGUCAAAGGAAGUCACAGUGGGACUAUCUCAAGAACAUGGUCACUGGGUUCUUGCUCUUCAUCUUCAUCAUUGGCUGGAUCAUUCUAGUUGGUUGA